AUGGGAACAUUAGGUGUUGGAAAUUUUUUCCAAGCAGUCCAAAAACCAACUCUCCGUUUACCUCUUAGUGACUUAGCCUUCCUCUCCUCCCUUCCAGAUGAGUAUUUACCAAAAGAAGUACGAGAUAAUAUUGGAAGAGUGAAAUGGGAUGAAUAUCGAAGAGAUGGUGUUGCCGGCGGUCUCAGCGACGACAUAGUCGAAGAGCCAAACGUUCCACAUGUUCCAUUUUGGAAAAAAAUAGUAAAAUGGCUGAAAAUACUUUUACCACACGUUGGUUUGAAUGUUCUCUUACUUACUUAUAUAACAAUCGGAGCUUUAAUAUUUAUGUGGCUGGAAGCUGAUCAUGAGCUUCAAUCACGUCAGAAGAAGCUUUCAACAGUUCAUGAUAUGUAUAAUAAAAUCAUUAAUGAAUCAGCUGUGAUAUGUUCUGGACAAAGAAAAUUUAAUAAAAGCGAGAUUAGCAGAAGGUUAAUACCAUUACUUAAUCGGUUAUCAAACACUCAUGAAUACGACGAUAAGUUCACAGAAAAACUCCAAAUGUGGAAAGAUGAUCCGAAACAAUUGAAAACAAAAUGGUCUUUUGCUGCUUCUGUCCUCUACGCUCUUACAGUUGUUACUUCAACGGGUUACGACCAUGUGACUCCAACAACUGAUCCUGGUCGCAUUUUUACUGUAUUCUUUGGCCUUAUUGGAAUUCCAUUAAUGUUUAUAACAGCUGCUGAUAUUGGAAAGUUUCUUUCAGAGAUUGUGAUAAGAUCAUAUGCUAAAUUAUUACAAUUAUGGACAUUAAUUGCAUCUUUUGUUGAAAGUAUUCGAACUCAUUUGUUCGAUGGCGAUGUUGAUUCCAUCGAUUCAUUAGAAUUGAAAAAACGACGAAAACCUCGCGAAGAUUCUGAAGAUGAAAACUCAGAAGAUGAUGAAGAUCGCUUACAAUUGCCGAUCGCAUCGUACUUUGCACUAAUCGUCGGCUAUUGUUGUAUUGGAAGUUUAUUAUUCAACUCAUUCGAAAAAGGACCUAUCUGGUCAUUUAUUCAUGGAAUUUUUUUCUCUUUUAAUACCAUUACAACAAUAUCUCUGGGAAAUAUCUUGGUCUUGGAUCACGCAUAUUUAGCUCUUAUCGUAUUCUAUGUGAUAAUUGGAUUGGCUGUCAUCACUGCUUCUUUAGAUUUGUGUUCGUCAACAUUAAAGAGAACAUUCACCAAAUUACAUUACUUUGGAAGAAAAAUACGAGGAGCUCGACGAGGAUUUGCCAAUAUGAGUGACGACAUACGAGAAGCUAUGCGUAUCAUUGCGGCUUUAAAGAAAACAAGGCCAAGUAAAGAUCGAAUAACAUUGGAAGAUUUGAAACGAUUUCUUGAAGUUCAAGAACAUUUGCUCAGACAACCAUAUGUUCCUUGUAAUGUACAUUUGAUGCGUUGGAUCGAAGAUAAUUAUGCUCAAUAUCUAGACGAUAUUUCUAUUGGGAAGGGCCCCAUGAGCCCAGCUCCUUUAUCACAUAAAGUAUCAACAAGUGACCCAAUGCUUUUCUUCUGA